UUUUCUGCACUUCCGCCUCUCUCUCUUCAGCCCUUAAACCUCCAAACUUUAACCCCAUGGAUCUCGAGCUAGAGGACCCCUAACAUUCCCCUUCCCUUAUAAGACCUUGUCCACAAGGUGUGGAUACAAAGCCCUAAGCUUCCAUAAAUUUUCCCAAGAAUUAUCAUCUUCGGAAAGCCCUACCCAUUUAAUUAGCACUUCUGUUGCAGCCCGUCCCCCAUGUUGUCUCAUACGACGAUCGCGCACCACCUCGGGUUCGGGGAUCACUUCGCCUUCAUUGUUGGUGGGUGGGAGUGUGGCCAAUGGGUGAAUCCAAUCCCCCACCUUCCUCUUCAAGCGGGAAACAUGGAACACGGGGUGGAUUUGAGAAGAGGGUGGUAGCUCAAGCUUGUAAGCCACGAAUCCGAUCUUCUGAAGCACCUUGAAUGGCCCAUAGAAGCGCGGAGCCAACUUCAUAUUUCGACGCAACGCCACCGUUUUCUGGCGGUAUGGUUGAAGGCGGAGACUCUCAGACAAUGCAUAUACUCUCGUGGCUGAGGUAAUGAAGAAAUUGGUGGCAAAUGCUCCGACUCAUUGUCAUCUGUUUGUUGCUAAGCUAUCUGGGGCCAUUCAAAAUUUGACUACAUCUGCUUUAGAUGAGUUGCGCAUGUUUGGUGAAGCUGUGGAAGCCCUCCUCAGUACAACAUCUUCUGACGGAGCUGCAAUCUUGAGGGUUCUGCAGGCAUUAAGCUCCCUUGUUGCCUUGCUGAGUGAGAAAGAGAAUGACCCACAAAUUUUUCCUGAAAAGGAUUAUACAGCUGUUCUUUCUCGGGUGCGGGACAUAAAUGUAGCUUUGGAGCCUUUGUGGCUGGCUCUGAGCACUUGCAUUAGCAAAAUAGAGACUUAUACUGACUCAGCACCCGAUUUGAUGACUUCAUCUAAAGCAUCCACCUCUAAACCCUCUGGUGCAAUGACUCCACUCCCUGCAGGCUCUCAGAACAUCUUACCAUAUAUAGAAUCUUUCUUUGUGGUGUGUGAGAAGUUACAUCCCAUGCAGCCAGGGUCAAGUAAUGAAUUUAGUAUUGCUGCCGUUUCAGAGGUUGAAUAUGCAGGCACUUAUACUGGUCAGCAGAAAACCUUAGGGCAUGCUUUGAAAGUUGAUGAACAUAUUGCAUUUGUGAAGUUCUCAGAGAAGCAUAGGAAGCUGCUUAAUGCUUUCAUCCGACAAAACCCUGGAUUGCUUGAGAAGUCCUUCUCACUCAUGCUGAAGGUGCCUAGAUUUAUUGACUUUGACAAUAAGCGUGCUCACUUCAGAUCAAAAAUAAAGCAUCAACAUGACCAUCACCACAGGCCUUUAAGAAUUUCUGUAAGAAGAGCUUACAUUCUGGAGGAUUCUUAUGAUCAGUUGCGAAUGAGAUCCACUCUAGAUUUGAAAGGGAGGUUGACAGUUCACUUUCAAGGAGAGGAAGUUAUUGAUGCAGGUGGACUUACAAGGGAGUGGUAUCAAUUGCUGUCCAGGGUUAUUUUUGACAAGGGAGCCCUACUUUUUACGACUGGGGGUAAUGAAUCAACAUUUCAGCCAAAUCCUAACUCUGUUUAUCGAACAGAACAUCUUUCAUAUUUCAAAUUUGUUGGGCGAGUGGUUGGGAAAGCACUUCUUGAUGGACAACUUUUGGAUGUCCAUUUCACCCGAUCUUUCUACAAGCAUAUAUUGGGGGUAAAAGUUACCUAUCAUGACAUUGAAGCCAUUGAUCCAGCUUACUUCAAAAACCUCAAGUGGAUGCUUGAGAAUGACAUAAGCGAUGUUCCGGAAUUUACAUUUAGCAUUGAUGCUGAUGAGGAGAAGCUGAUAUUGUAUGAGAGGACAGAAGUGAUGGACUAUGAACUGAUUCCUGGUGGAAGAAAUAUUAAAGUUACCGAGGAGAAUAAGCACCAAUAUGUUGAUCUAGUUGCUAAACAUCUGUUAAUAACUGCCAUUCAUCCUCAAAUAAAUGCCUUUUUGGAAGGAUUUUAUGAAUUAAUUCGUUGCGACUUAAUUUCGAUCUUCAUUGACAAGGAACUUGAAUUACUUAUUAGUGGGCUUCCUGAUAUUGAUUUGGAUGAUAUGAGGGCAAACACUGAGUAUUCUGGGUACAGUCCUGCAUCUCCUGUUAUUCAGUGGUUUUGGGAAGUUGUUCAGGGUUUCAGCAAGGAGGAUAAGGCUCGUCUCUUGCAGUUUGUGACAGGCACCUCUAAGGUGCCUUUAGAAGGGUUCAGUGCACUUCAAGGAAUUUCAGGCUCACAAAAGUUUCAGAUACACAAGGCUUAUGGAAGCCCUGAUCACUUGCCUUCUGCUCAUACUUGUUUCAACCAGCUGAACCUACCGGAGUAUCCUUCUAGACAACACUUGGAGGAGAGGCUGCUGCUUGCGAUUCAUGAAGGCAAUGAAGGGUUUGGAUUUGGUUAAGAAUAAUAAUGGGAGGCAUCAAAGUAUCCUUGUAGAUAAUACAGAUUGUAUCAAAUGCUAUCAUCAAAUAGAAUCGGGUGUUAAUUGUUGGACGUUGGGAUAAUGCAAGUUGAUAUAUUGUAUA